AUGGUAUACUCCGCGGUAAUUUUGGACAUCGAAGGUACGGUGUGUCCAAUUGCCUUUGUUAAAGACACAUUAUUCCCAUACUUCCUGCGGAAAGUGCCCACUUUGGUAACUUCUCAAGAUCCCGUCGUGCGUUCUUUACUAGGACAGUUCGGAACUGAGCAAGUCGAAAAUCAUAUUCGAAAGCUAGUUGAUCGAGAUGUAAAGGACCCUAUUCUGAAGCAACUUCAAGGUUACGUCUGGGAGGAAGGGUACAAAUCGGGAGAGAUUAGAGCACCAGUUUAUAAUGAUGCUGUGAAAUUCAUCCAAGACGUACAAGUACCAAUUUACAUAUACUCGAGCGGAUCGGUGAAGGCUCAGAAGUUGCUUUUUGCGCAUGUAGAUACGGGCAAAGCACAACCAGAAGAGUUGUGUUCUAAGCUCAGUGGAUUCUUUGAUAUAACUACAUCGGGGCGUAAGACGGACAAACAGUCGUAUCUCAAUAUUAUAUCAGAGAUUAAUCGUAAGGCAGAAACCGUGCUUUUCGUGAGCGAUAACGUCUUGGAACUUGAGGCUGCGACCAAGGCGGGCUUGCGCACAAUGCUCGCGGUGAGGCCAGGCAAUGCUCCGAUCCCGAAAGACACCCAUUUUGUCGAGGUCAGGGACUUCGAACAAAUCAAAGGCUUUUGA